CACACAAUCUAGCACAAAAGAGCAAACACCAAAAGAAUCAUUUCCAUACUAUGAAUCAGACCAUCACCAACAACGACUCUGACGCCACUGCCAGCAAUUCUUUUCCCUCAGUCCAAUUCAGCCGCGAUGAUGACAGCCGUGGCCGCAACCAUGUCAUCCAUCCAAUCGCCGAGUCCGGGCCCACAAUGGACCGCACCAUUCCCUUGACCAAGACCAACACCACCGAUUCGACCAAGAGCCGUCGCCGCUCUUCCUUGGCAGCCUUUGCGGAACUCUUCCGUACCCAGUCUUACUCUGAUUUCCGUUCGCGAUCGCAAUCCAAGGGUCGCAAUAGUCUGGAUGAAAAUGAGUGUGAAGUUGAGGAAUACAAACACUCCCGACGCAGGUCAUCUGAGACUGGUGGCGGUAAAUAUGAAGACGUCGUCCGUGCUCAGGCUCUGUUUAUGGACAAGUUGAGGGAAGAACAGGCCAGGAACCAUAUCACUCGCAAUGUCGAUGGGUUGCCGAUCCCUCCUUCCAUGCAGCGCGACCGUCGUCGAUCGAGCCUGGUGCAUAUUCUCGGCAUGGACAAGCCCUUGCUAGCUCGUUAGGCGUUAGUCGAUGGACAUAUGGAUUGAACAAUACCCUCCAGCAACAUCAGUACCACCUGUAUCAUUAGCUUUUGCCAGUAAACAAAUUAUUCGUACAUUCAUAUAAAC